AUGCUCCUCUGGGCCUGUGCUGGUGUCCCUUUAGGCGCCUAUAACAUUGUUUCUAGCUUUAACAUUGCGCUAUUGGUGCAGCCGCAAAUAUUGAGUGUGUUGAGUUUGGUUACUUGGGGGCAGUGUUGGUAUUAUGGUGGGGUAUGUGUUCUUUUUUGUUUUCAAUUUUUGUUUUGGAGGGGAGAGGGAGGGGAGAGGAGAGGAGAGGAGAGGAGAGGAGGAGAGGAGGAAGAGGAGGAGAGGCUUAUGGGAGGUGUUAUGGCCGGUCAACGUCAGAAUCUCCAAUGGCCCAUCACAUCCAUGGGCGUAUUAUCCACUAUUCUCCUAUCAGCGGGUGUACUGAGACAUUACUACGAUAUCUAUAUGCAUCGUACUGUUCGGGGGAUCUCGUUUAUUUUUGUGGGCAUUGAUGCUGCUGGAGAUGUCUUCUCUCUUGUUUCUAUUUUCUUUCAAUCACAUCUCGAUAUACUUGGAAUCGUAAUUUAUGCAUCAGAGUUUAUUCUUUGGUGUGGAGUAUUUGCUUGCGGUGCAUACUUUAAUCUUCUACCUUGGAUCCGAAGAAAAAUGCAAAAGAGACAGGAUGAUGGAGAGGCGGCUGGAAAUGGAACGGUUGAUGAUGUGGUUAGAGUUGAGGAAGGUAUUUCACAUGAUAUUGAAUUGGAAAGAAUGCAUUCCGCGGGUUCGAGGUCAGUUUUCAGAACACCUGGCUCGACAAACAGCGUAGAUCGACUAGGUCAGUAA